UACUGCCAUAGUGCUGUUGGGACUCGUCCUUUAGCUGUCCCAUUCUAAGGCCUGGUUUUGGAGUCAAAGUCCAGCAGACAGCUGAGGGUGACUCGACUUCCACCCAAAGGUCCCAUGACAGAGGAGCUCAACAACAGAGGAGAGUAAUCAUGGGAGCUCAGAAGAACGCAGAGAUAAGACCUUCUCACAAAACCUCCAAAGAAGUUUAUUUUUGCAUGCUGCCGGAUAAAUAUGAACCUCUAGAGGAGGAUUACGAGGAGACACAGGAGGAGGUGGCUGAGCAGCAGGAGACAUAUGAAGAGAGAAAGAGAAGAAAGAAGGAGAAGAAGAAAAAGAAGUAUAAGAAAUACCGGAAGAACGCACGGAAGGCUCUGGGCUUCAGCUGGAGAUGUUUAGUCGCUGGAUUACAGAGCAUGUCAGCUGUGUUUGUCCCCACCUCUGUCAUCACUGUGGUGAUGCCGCACAGCACUGCUGGCAGAGCCUGAUGGGAGGCCAAGCUCUUCCAACAAGUCGUCAGCUAUUUCAAAUGUGGAUCAAGUGUAGAUGUCAAGUUGUUUAUAAAUAAAAUGUAUAUUUUUGUGUUUGCAAACUUCAGUAAUCUUUAGUUGUGCAGGAGAAUAUUUUGUCUUUCACAUUCUCAAUAGAAGACUUCCUGGCAGACAGUAGUUGCCAUGUUGACUGUGAACCAGGCGAACACGUCUUUAGACAACCAGCCUGCAAGAGACAGUGACAGAAUCCUGAAGCGUCCUCCUCAAGAUUUAAACACAUCUAUAUAUAUAACUUUAACGAGUUAAUUAUGAUAAAUUAAUUACAACAUUAUUAUGAUUAAUUAAUUACAACAAAAAAAUGUAAUUUAAUUUAACAGUUUGCUCUCCAGACGACAGGGAACCUUUGUAAGUGCAGGAGUUCCUGGUCCACUGAUCACACUGAUGCACAAGACACGUGGCAGCUAGGAUGAUAACAACAACAACAAACAUGGAUGAAUCCCUGAACAAAAGCAAACAAAAGCAUCUGUUUGCUUUUGUUCAGGGAUGUUUUUCGCUACACAAUGGCCAGGGUUUCCACUACUCUGAAUGGACUUGAAAUUCUUAUACAAAUAUUUUCAAGAAAUUGACAGAGCUUGAGUUUAAAUAAGGUGAUAUAAAAACUUGAAUAUAGCCACCAUCAUGAUUUAUUGUGCCAUUGUC